GUUCCAGGAAGGGGCCUACCAACCGAGGCCUGGCGGGAAACACAAUUUGUGGGUACAGCUGCGGGUGACAGUCAACAGGCCUCUGCCGAAGGGGCCGUGGGAACCCUGUCCCACUCGAGCCCGUGGAGCUGGGCUGCGCUGACCCGCCCGCCGUCUAUAGGGCGGCGGACCCCGACUUUCCCGGGCGAGGCCCUGACUCUGACUCAUCCGUACCCCUCCUCGACAUGGCAGAACUACGGGGCGGCCUGAAGGACGCAGCGCGAUUUUGAUUUGUUUCUGAAUUGAUUUUUUCUGGAGGAAUAGCUCUGGGAGUGAUCGGAGGCAUUGUUCAUCAUGUCUCUCCGCAAAGCGUCGGGAACUUCACUGAACACCCCAUCAACAGCUGAGGUCAAACAGUCCAAACUGUCUGUAGUCAAGGAGGAGACAAGAGUCCUUCCUGAGCUGAAGGAGAGAAAAGUCAUGGUGGACCAUCUCAAACCCCUUCCUUCUUCCCUUCCGAAUGAAUUCAUCCCCGAGGAAGUUCUUCUUUCUCUGAACUAUGCAGCCAAUGCUGGUCCCUGUCCUACAAACUUAUUGCCUGCUAAGAAACUUAAAGCUCCAAAGGGCGCUCUUCCACGUAUUGUAGACCAUGUCUGGCAGCACCCUGUUCGAAGGAAUAAAUUCAAAUAUCUGAUUGAUCAUCCUGUCUCCGUAACAACAGCUGGAAGGGAUAUUUCUUUUCUGUAUGAUGUUAAAUAUGAAAGAGGAGAGCCCAAGGAGAAGAAGCUUUGUCCCCCAGGUAUAAACAAGUCCCUAGAGCCCGAGGACAGUGCCAUGGUGCCUCAUAACAAGACAUUAGCAGACACUUUGAUUCCUGAAGAAUUUCAUAUUGUGUCCAAUACAGGAGUUUCGGGUUUGGAGUGUUAUGAUGACAAAUACACCACCCUCCUCACAGACAGUGAGAACAGGCUGUUGCUCUUCCCGUCCAUGAAACCUAAUAAGAGAGUAGAAGUGAUCCGGUUGGGUGACGUGAUGGACGCCAUGCUGGAGAGGGCUGGCGUAGAGACUGAGGACUAUGUGGGCCCAACCAAGAUGCAUAAACUACUAAAUGUGUUGAAAAAGGAACAGACCAUUUACAACACAGUAUUUCAUGAACUGAUUCGUCAAGUCAGUGUGGAUUGUGUAGAUAGAGGAGAGCUACUGUCAAGAAUCAGAGAGAGAUAUGUGCAAAUGCUUGACCAAAUUGCCCGGCAGAUGAUUGAAUUCUACAAAGACUUCGUAACUCAGCGGAUGAUGGACCAGCGCAUCUUACAAGAACUGUAUAACUUCAAGAAUGUGAUUGAGGAGUUGACCAGGGAACUUUGUUUGGUUCGGGCCCAUGACAGAAAAUUAACGAAGGAUGCAGAGAAAGCCCAGAAUGAUCUGGCAGAAGCUCUUUUGGAAGCAGAAAAGAAUGCAAAAAUAGUAGAAGACUACCAUGACUUAUAUACAUUACAGAGAGGCCGGAUGGAGAAUGAUAUUAAGCUCUUAAUGACAGAAAGAGACAUUUGGAGCUCAGCCACAUAUGAAUUGGCCCUAAAGGUAAUUGAAAGAAAUAGAGUCAUAAUGGCUAAAAAACUCUACCUCAGUGAAAAAGGCUGGAAUAAAUAUAUCAAGCAUUUCAUUAUAAUGCUGUCAACCAAGGACACUGCAGACCUUGCAGUGCUGCAGAAGCUAACAGAAAAAUGGAAAAGGUUAGUGAACAGGUUUAAGAAGGAUGUGGAACGCACGGAGGCUUCUACAAAGGACAGAGCGCAGACUGUGAAAACGGGGCUCGUCAGGUGGCAGGAGUUCUUCACAGAUAACGUUGGAAAAGAGAUUGUAAGCCCGAACAAGGGGAACCCGUUCGCUGCCGUCCUUCUAGACUUCAAGGAGUUUCAAAAGAUGCUGAAUGAGGAGAAGGACAAUUUUACAGGGGAUUUUCUGUUGGCCAAAUAUGACUCUCUCAAAGUGAUUAAACGCUUACAGGAAAACUGGACAGACAUUGGGUUUGGGAUAUUUAGUCGCCAUAAGAACAUGGAUGGGGUGUUACCCCCAGAGUACGAGUACAUGGAGGAAAUGCUAAAAACCAUCGGCAGACUCUACAAGGAGUACGAAAUAAGGAUAAACGGCGACAACGGUAUCUCUAAAGUUCUUCCAAACUUGAUUACUUCUCUGGACAUAUGUUUUUUGAAGUUAGAAAACUUCCUAGAGUCCACUAGUAUUCCCCCUGAAGACUGGGAUGAACUGGAUGAAAAAAUCAAUGAAAUGAAGUAUCAGUUGGACACAUUGUUAACCAUUAUUGGUACCGUUCCACAAUACCUGGACAUGGAUUCUGGAGCGACACUCCAAAGUCAUAUAUUUGACAUGAUUCAACAAUGGCUUUUGAAGAUAGGCAAUGAAAUCACCAAUGGUAACAUUGAACUUCUUCGACACAUGGAUGAAUUGCAUAUAGCCAUGAUCAAGUGGAUGGUCAACUUGCUGACCAUAAUGCUUCCUGACUAUACUAACCAAGAGACUCUCCCAAAGCUGGAGGAGGAAGAACUAGAGGCCCAGGAGCAACGCGAAGUGGGAAUCGCAGAAUUAGAGUUGAAUGCCAUUUCACUGGCCAAGAAGUUGGCACAAUACUCCAGCUACCUGCACAGGAGAGAAUGUUAUGAUUGGAUCAGCACAUGUUCGCACCUCCUUUCUAAUAUCAAAGGCAGGAAAAUGCGAUUACUGAACUACGAGGAAGCAGAGCAGCUGCUUGGGGAAGAGGAAGCUACGAAAAUUUACUUUGACCCAGAAAAACCUUUUAUUGGUGAUGAUGAAGACGAAAUUGAGACGAAGGAGGAUGAAAUUCAAGAAAAGGAAGAAGUAAAAGUGAAGGAAGAGGUAGAAGUGAAGGAAGAGGAAGAAGUGAAGGAAGAGGAAGAAGUGAAGGAAGAGGAAGAAGUGAAGGAAGAGGUAGAAGAAGUGAAGGAGGAGGAACCUUCAACAUCUACAGACAACAAACAAACCAUUCGAUACAUUGGAAAAGAUGAAAACAUUCACUCCAAACCUCUGUUUGAAGAAGAUAUAUUUUCAUCCUGGAGGGAACCAGCUUACAAAGGUGUAUUGGAGCCAAAGUAUCUUGAAGUAAUGGCUGUCAUUGAACACAUGCAGGAGAAGCUUGUACAGAUUGACCUCAGAGCCAGAGAGGCGGAGGAGAAGUUUGAUGAUGCAAACGAGAAACUUCAUCACACCCUCAUAAGAAACAGAGAUCUAGAGAAGGAAUUAGAAGAAAUGUCCAAGAAAAUCAGGAAGGAUUCACGAGUAAGAAUAGAAAGCCCCAAGGAGGAGGAAGAGGAGGAAGAGGAAGAAGAAUCUGAACAAAAGGAAGGGAGCCAAGAAGGAGAGGAACACAAACAUGGGAAAAAAUCCCCAAAACACUCAAAGAAAGAAUCACAGCCCAAGGAUGGUUCUUCUAAGUCUGGAACCCGGACUAAAUCUAAGGCCAAACCCAAAUAGCUUCCUAAGAGACCGGGGUUCACAGUGGCCAUGCCCCUGAACAUGCACAGAUAUGUGAGCUGUGGAGCUGGUGAUACAGCUCGCAUGGAUGGACUCCCUUAACAACAGCCAUUAGAAAAGCCACACCAUCCAAGUCACCAACACUUUCCUUUAGAGGUAUGGAGAGGCCACAGGGAGUCAGUACAUGAGUUUACUUGCCAGAUUAAAAACAGUUCAUGCAAAAGUA